AUGUUUCUGACAGUGUUUGCGAGCAGCCCUAUGCUGAGGAGAACCAACGACUCGAAAAAAAGAAGAAAACUGGACAACUCAUUAAUCGGUUCGACGUGUCAUCCAAUCGACAUUCAUUUCCUUCCACCCGGAUCAUCUCAACUAUUAGUGCCUACUUUAUCCGCUAACGAUGCCACGUUAGCUAAUGCCAGUAGUGUCGAGCCAAUCCUGGUUCAUGGACUACUUGAUGUAGCUAUAGAAGAAUAUACCGACUGGCAGCUGGCAAGGGUGAGCAACGAGGCUUUUAGGGAUAAUAUCAUCGAAGCACAUGAUGUGACACUUGACAACCGGCUCGAUCUUACAGAGGUUUAUGAGGACCAGGAUCCAAAAAAUUUGUGA